CCUUGGUCGACAACAUGGCCAAUGCCGAAAAGGAAGACAAGCCCUUCGGCCUUACAUCACCAUUUGGGCUAGUAUCCAACGGCACCGUCGGUCAGGUAACAGACGAGUUUGUCUUGACCAAAGAUGGCCUCCGUCUGUUCCCGCAGCCCGUCCUCGGCGACGACCUCGACCCCCUGAACUGGUCGUCGGUGGAGAAGCACACCAUCCUGGCAAUUGUCAUGUCUCUGUACUUCAUGUUCACUUACAUCACAACAACCACGGUUCCGUCUUUUCCAGACCUCCAGGACAAGUACUCGGCCAGUCUGGAGCAAGUCAACUGGACCGUUGCCAUCCCUGCUCUCGGCCUUUCCCUAGGCCCGUUGCUGUGGGCGUCUCCCGCAGAUAUCAUCGGCCGCCGUCCCAUUCUCAUUCUCGGCACCAUCAUGGCACUGGUUUCGACGGUCGGGGCCGCACUGGCCCCGAGUUACUCUGGCUACAUGGCCGCGCGAUUCUUCCAAGGCCUCGGUGUCAGCCCUGCGUCCAAUGUCGGCUUGGCCAUCAUCAACGACAUCUUCUUUGAGCACGAGCGCGGCCAGAAGCUGGGACUCUGGGUGCUGGCCAUCGACCAGGGCCUCUUGUUUGGCCCACUGAUUGGCGGCUUCGUCAACAUUGCCGGCUACCAAUGGAUCCAAUGGGUCACUGCUAUUUUAUUCGGCCUCAUCCUCCUCGCCCAACUGUUCUUUCUCCCAGAGACACUCUACCCACGUCGGCUCAUGCUCGAAGAGUCACAAAGAACCCGGAUGGCGAAUGGCUCCCCAACGAACAUGGAUGUGCGAAGAACCAAGAGGUUGCCGUUCGCCAGUGUCUCGCCACUUCCGGGCAUUAAGCACCCGAAACUAUACGACCCUCUCAUCCGGUUCAUCAAGACAUUCAAGUACACUGUGGUCUCCGUCUCCCUCAUAACUUACUGCUUCGGCUGGUAUUGGUGGGUUCUUUCCGUGGUGACGUUGGUGCCCGUCGCAUACUCGACGUAUGAUGUGCACAUUCAGGGGCUUCUGUAUCUUGGCUUGAUCGUCGGUACCUUGAUUUCGGAGGUCUUGUGCUCCGGCAGUCUGAGCGACUGGCUCGUGGUCAAGCUGGCCAAGUCCAACAACAACCAGAAGACACCAGAGAUGCGUCUGUGGCUGGCCUAUCCCGCCAUUAUCUUGACGGCUGUUGGUCUGAUUAUUUGGGGCAUCAGCGUGGAUUAUGGCUACCACUGGAUGGUGGGACAAGUUGCCUUUGCUCUUUUUGGGGCCGGUAUCCAGAUGGGAAACACUGCCAUCUGCUCGUACGUUGUGGAUGCCUACCCGAUGCAGAGCAUGUCCACCAUGACAUUCUAUGCUGUCAUGCUAAAUAUGUCUGCCUUUGUCGACCCAUUCUUGAUUGUGCCAUGGGUGGGGAACGUCGGAUUUACCUGGACAUUUGCUGGUCAUGCCAUGAUCACUGUUUUCUUCUGUAUUCCGGCUCUGGCGGCUUUGCACAAGUUUGGGCCGGCAUUGCGUGAGAUGUCGGGGGCCCCGACGUGGGUAAAUCCCGAAUUCGAACAGGCUGCUGCAGCGAGCUGAGCUCAGCGACGUCGACUACUAGACACUUGACUUGUAAAGAUAUCCGUUCCAACGCCUUUGUCCCUUUGUUUGCCUGUUAUGGUCUAUCG